UGUGUGAUUGUGUUGAGCAUCAACUUUUCUCUUAGUAUAAUAUUAUUAAAAUUGAAAGCAGAAAAACGAGAGUUCAUAUAGUUUUAGUGAGAGAAAUGCAUACACAGUAGAUCUCUCUCUCUCUCACACACACACACACACACACUCAGGCAGACUGAAUACGCAGCGACGGCGAGUUAAUCUCCGGUGAAGUUCAGUUCCGAUUUAGCACCUGAAGAAAUUCACAGCCGAUUCAAGAAAAAGAGUAGUGUUUGUGCUCUUCAACUUCAAAAAAUGAGUGAUAGACAGUCAAAGAAACAUGAAGAAGCUACAAAGACAUUCUUCUCUUGUGUUUCUGAGAGAACAAGGUCCAAAAGAGCCGUCUACUUAGGGAUCACUGCACAAACACAGGGGAUUCCUUCCAGCUCUUACAAUGAUAGUAUAAGAGAACGGAAGAGGAAGAGACAAACGAAGCCAAAAAAAUCUGGGAACAACAAUGUAGACAUGGAUAUGAAUCUACCUGAGAUAGAGUGGAUUGAUGAUCAAAUACGUUCUGCAUCAAAGAUAAGGGGCUCGACUCAUGCAGCCAGUUCUUGGAAGAAUGUUGGCAGUCCAAGCAACAAACCAUCUGCCUCUGUGGAAAAAUCGGCUGAGGAUUUCAACCAUCUUCCUGUUCAAGAAGAGAGUGGCAGCGAGUAUAUGACGCCUGAGGAUCUUGAGAUCCAGAGAGUUGAUGAAGCUGAACUCCCGAAUAGGAAAACACAUUUCACAUCAAAGAGAGGGCAGUCAGAAAUGUUAGGCCUUUGUGAGUCUCCUCAUCAUUCCGUAAACUGCAGCUUAAGAGAUUAUUCCACUGCAUCUGAAACAUUGGCAGACGACUCAACUUCAUUGUCGAAUAAAGCCAAAGACAAUGAAGAUUGGAGUUUCAGAGAUGUUACGAGUAAGGGAAAUGGUGAAGGUGUGCUUGACAAAGGCAAAGCUCCCUUAUAUAGGCAAGGAUACUCUGCCAUCAGAUCUAAGAAGAAGAGGGCUAACAUUGUCAAAAUAUCUUCUAAAGUGAGCCGAGAUGAAGAUAUGGAUGAUGAAGAGCUUGAAAUUGAGAUGAUUGACGAGUCUGAGUUCAGGAAGCGUAGGAGACGUUUUGCUUCAAAGAUUGGAUCCUCGAGCAGUGAAGAGCAAGAUGAAGAACAUAUUGCUGGCACUUCUGCAAGGAAUGUUAGAAAAAUGAGCAAAAAGAAACCAUCUUCCAUCAAGAAUGAUAGAAACAAACAGAGGGGAAAAGCUUCUGUCUCAGCAUUGAAGAAGAAAGGUCCAGCAUGGAAUAAGCGCGUUGAGCAGGAGAUUGGAAGCGAAGAGCGCAGACAGAAACCUUCGUUUAGCUGGAUGAAUCCACGGUUCGAUCAUAUUUUGAAAGAAUACCACUACGAAAAAUUUCAUCUUCCAAGUAAUUUUGUUAAGGAGUCCGGCUUGACGGGAAAGAUGAAAGUAUGGCUCAAGUAUCCGGGCGGGAAGAGUGUACGCGUGCAGUUGAACUCGACCAAGGGCCGGGUUGAUAUCGGUGCAGGUUGGGCUCUGUUCUGGAGAACGAACAACAUCAUCUAUAACAAAAAUUAUUCUUUUGAGUUCAUUCCAACAAAUGUGAUUUGGGUGCAACCAAUAGAUUCAUGAAUGAACAUGCUCAGAUUUGUGUUUGGGAUUUCCCAAGUUCUUUCAUGUAAACUGUAGCUUUUGCUUCUUCUGCUAACAUGUAGUAACAUUUGCAGAGGCCUCUCUUUCUCUCUAUAUCUCUCUGUCCCUUCCAAAAUCUUGUGAUAAUUGAUAGAAUUAGGUGGGUUUGAAAACAGAGGAUUCUGUUUACAUUUGAGGGAGCCAAAUAUAUGAGUUGCUUACAGGUUAAUUCAUUCAUUAUAAUUUAAA